UUUCCGGUGCAGAUGUUUUCCAUGUUUUGUUUCUCUUGCUUCUCAGUUUAGUUUCAGUUUACUCCACAGUUUUACCUCAUUUAUUUCCUUCCGUCAUGUCUAGGGGGUCUAGUGCAGGGUUUGACCGGCAUAUCACCAUCUUUUCUCCGGAGGGAAGACUCUACCAAGUUGAGUAUGCAUUUAAAGCCAUCAACCAGGGAGGACUGACCUCUGUGGCAGUCAGAGGGAAGGACUGCGUUGUAGUCGUCACACAGAAGAAAGUGCCUGACAAACUGUUGGAUGCCAAGACCGUGACACAACUAUUCAGAAUCACAGAAAACAUAGGCUGCGUUAUGACCGGCAUGACUGCUGACAGCAGGUCUCAGGUGCAGAGAGCUCGCUAUGAAGCAGCUAAUUGGAGGUACAAGUAUGGCUAUGAGAUCCCUGUAGACAUGUUAUGCAAACGCAUGGCUGAUAUAUCCCAAGUCUACACACAGAAUGCUGAGAUGAGGCCUCUUGGCUGCUGUAUGAUAGUGGUUGGUUUGGAUGAGGAGUUGGGCCCACAGCUGUAUAAGUGUGAUCCAGCCGGCUACUACUGUGGCUUUAAGGCCACGGCAGCUGGAGUCAAACAGACUGAAGCCACCAGUUUUCUGGAGAAGAAAGUCAAGAAGAAACUGGACUGGACCUUUGAGCAGACUGUAGAGACGGCUAUCUCAUGUCUAUCCACUGUUCUGUCCAUUGAUUUCAAGCCCUCAGAGCUGGAGGUGGGAGUCAUCACUUUGCAGGAGCCUAUAUUUAAGAUUCUGUCAGAGUCUGAGAUUGAUGUUCACCUGGUGACUUUGUCUGAGAGAGAGUGAGGAAGGCUGCUCGCCUAUGAGGAGGAGAGUGAAGAGCAAAACCAGAGGCAUCCCUCUCAGCUAGAAGGAGAAGCUGGUUUGUGCUGUUCAGAGAAGAUUAAAAACAGUGAGAUUAAACAUGAACAAAAUGGACAUUUUAUAGCAGGUGGGUUGAAUUUUUCACCCGUCUGCACUGCCAAUUAACCCCCUCCAUCCUCCAUCAGGUCGUGAACAGGACCAGAGUUUAUUACAGUCAUACUGACUCCUCCUGCAUUCUCUUUCUACAAAAAGAUAUUUUGACUGCAGUUUGCAGCCAAAUGUCACAGACCUUGAAAUGAUAACAGACAUUCAGAUGAAUAUGACACAUAAAUACACUAAUUGGUGGCCGAUUUGUUGGAUAACCUCUGUUAAGAGUUGUCACCCUACAUGACUCCAGUUGAUGAGUGUGAUAUGAGCAGACUGAAAGAUGGAUGUGUGGGAAUACUGCAACUACAGCACAAUACCUCUCUUGCUACACAAAGCCAUCAUUUCUCAGGGCUGCCUGCUUUCUGGAGUUUCACGUUUAUGCUCUGUGCUUGUGAUAACCCAGGGAAAAUCUGUGGGAAUUCUCCCACUGCUGCAAUCGUCUUCACACCCGUCAGAGUCUGCUCAGGUCAACAUCAAGAGGAAGUCACUCAUUAUGCCAUUCUUACUUUUCUGCUGCAAUCUUGGCUGUACAUGGCUGCACUUCUAUUAAAGACAAUGUUUUUGUUGAAAA